AUGUUCGGUCUCUUCGGCGGCAAGUCCUUCGACCCCGAAAAGGACAUUCCCGAUCUCUCCGGCAAGGUCAUUCUUGUGACAGGAGGAAAUACCGGUCUGGGCAAAGAAUCAGUCUUACAGUUUGCCAAGCACAAUCCUUCGCAGAUUUACCUGGCUGCACGAACAGAAUCCAAAGCCAGAUCCGCAAUUGAGGACAUCAAAAGCCAAGUCCCAGAUGCCAAAGUCGAAUUCUUGUCUCUGGACUUGUCUGACUUUGACUCUGUCAAAGCUGCCGCUGACUCCUUCAAGCAGAAGGAGAAGAGACUGGAUAUUCUUCUCAACAAUGCAGGCAUCAUGAGUGUCCCCUACAGCACAACCAAGCAGGGAUAUGAAAUCCAAUUCGGAACCAACCACAUGGGUCACGCUUUACUGACCAAAUUGCUCAUGCCUGUGCUUCUCAAGACAGCAGAGGACCCCAAAGCCGAUGUCAGAGUCGUGUCGCUAUCGAGUACGGGACACCAAUUCGCACGCGGUUGUGGCAUCCUCUACGAUCAAGCCGCCGCCGAAACUUAUGGCACCUGGUCUCGCUACGGCAGUGCAAAGUUGGCUAACAUUCUGCACUCUCGCGGUCUGACUUCUCAUUACCCCUCCAUCACUGCUGCUGCCGUGCACCCAGGUGUCAUCAAGACGGAUUUGUUUGCAACCACGAAACGUGACAAUAUGAUCAUCAGAUACGGUAUCGCCGCUGUAGGUGGACUGUUCAUGCAGUCCAUACCUGAGGGAGCUAAGAACCAGCUCUGGGCCUGCACGGCGGACAAGGAAGAGGUUAGACAAGGAUAUUACUUUACACCUAUUGGUAACAACAAUGCAGGCACUGGCUGGGCCCAGGAUAUGAAGAAGGUCGAGGAGUUCUGGGAGUGGACGGAGAAGGAGCUGGCCAAGCAUGGAUACUAA